AUAAUAAUGCAAAUAAAUAAUAGAGAUAAUUGCAAUUAAUAAACAAUGGCCGAAGAUAAUAAUGAACAGAGUAAAUGUCGCAUAGGCAGAACUUCUCUAUUUCUGCAAAAGAUAAAACAAAUAGGAAUAAAUGAAUCUAAAGUUUCAAAUUUAUCUGGUGCAGUUAGUACUAUGCAUCAACAAGAGCCAGUUUCAUUGUUGCAGUCAGAAGCAUCGAAUAUUGUUUUGCCUAGUAUGGGACGUGGAAAAUCUUUAUCGUCAAUUUUAACACAAAUUGAAAGUACAGCAGAAAAAACUGUAUUAUUUGAGUGCCCCUUAACUGGGGGUAAAGGAAGAGCAACUUUUAGUUGUCUUAAAAAAUUAGCACCAAUUGGACAGCCUCUUUUGCCAGAUCAACAGACUAGCAUAAGAAAACCUUCAAAGGAAAUACAGCAAAAUAUCCAAAGACAACCUGCAAAAGUAUAUGAACAAAUAUCUUCUUCUAAUGAUGACUGUGGAGUAUUAGGGAAACUGUCGCAACUUUCUAUCUAUGAAACUUCUUCAACAUGUACUGAAUUAAAUAAAAAAUUAGAAGUAAUCAACCGUCAAGGUACAAGCGGAACGAUGGUAAAUAUAUGCUCUAAUUACAUCGAUUUAAGAAUAGAACCAGGUAGGGGAUUAUAUCAAUAUGAAGUUAAAUUCAAUCCUGAUAUUGAUUCAAUAGCUCUGAGAAGAAGACUUUUAAAUCAACAUGCAAUGAAACUUGGAAAAGCUUUGAGUUUUGAUGGUUCUAUUUUAUUUUUGCCUGAGAAAUUAUCAGUAGAGGAAGUAGUUUAUAAUUCCGAACAUCCACGGGAUGGGUCUUUAGUGACUCUUACAUGUAUUUUUAAAAAGAAUACAAACAUGAGUAAAAGUAUCCAAUUUUUAAAUAUUCUUUUUGGUCGCAUUAUGAGAGCUCUUAAUUUAGUUCGUAUUGGUAGACAACAUUUUAAUCCUGCACGUGCUCAUACUGUACCACAACAUCAAUUAGAAGUAUGGCCUGGCUAUAUUACAUCUAUUAAUGAAUAUGAAGGAGGAUUAAAACUUUACGUUGAUAUAAAACAUCGAGUUAUGCGUAUGGAAACAGUUCAUGAUUUAAUUAUAAAAAUUUAUAAGAAAAAUCCUACGCAUUACAAAGAUGAAAUAAUGUGUGAAAUUAUUGGUACUAGUGUUCUAACUCGAUAUAACAAUAAAUGUUAUCGUAUUGAUGACAUAACAUGGGAAAAAAAUCCAAUGUAUGAAUUUGAGAGAAAAGGUGAGAAAACGACUAUAAUAGAUUAUUAUAAAAAUCAUUGGAGUAUAGAGAUUAAAAACAAAGACCAGCCACUCUUAAUACACCGUUCCACAGAAUUAUUAUCAACUGGAGAGGCAUCAGAUAAACUGACACUUUUAGUACCAGAAUUAUGUUAUAUAACUGGAUUAACAAAUAGUAUCAGAUCAGAUUAUAGAAUUAUGAGAGAUCUUCACACAAUUACGAAUAUUUGUCCUAACAAUCGUAGCGAUUUAAUAAGAAAUUUUAUAGAAAAAAUUAAAAAAAGUGAGGUAGCAAGUGAAAUACUAUCUCCAUGGGGCUUAGAACUUGAUGAAAAUUUAACUAAAUUAAAUGGACGUACUCUAAUACCUGAACGUAUAUAUUUUGGUAAGAAUAAAAUAUUUCAAGGAAAACCAAAUGCCAAUUGGAAUAAUGAAACUAUGAAAAAUCAUGUUUUACGUGCUCCCAGUUUGAAAAACUGGACAAUAUUUUAUUAUCAAAAAGAUACGCCACAUGUUUCAGCAUUCAUUAAAAUGCUAGUUGAUAUUUCAUCACAAUUAGGCUUAAACAUGAGUAAACCACGUGAAGUUCCUUUACUAAAUGAUAGAACUGAAACAUAUUGUCGUGAACUCCAUAAAAACAUUAAUAAUGAUAUGGAAAUGGUAGUUAUUGUUUUUCCUACCAAUCGUACUGAUCGAUAUUCUGCAGUUAAAAAGUUGUGUUGUGUUGAAAAACCUAUUCCAUCGCAAGUUAUAAUGUCAAAGACUCUUUCUCGUCCCGAUAAAUUAAGAAAUAUGACACAAAAAAUAAUAUUACAAAUGAAUUGUAAAUUAGGCGGUGCUCUUUGGGCAUUGGAUAUUCCAUUUGAUAAAUGUAUGGUAUGUGGAAUAGAUGUAUGUCAUCCCGGUCAAGGAAGUGGAAGACAACUAAGUGUAGCUGGAUUUGUAGCUAGUAUGGAUAAAUUAUUAACAUCCUGGCACAGUAAAAUCUGUUUACACAGAUCGAAUCAAGAAAUAAUGGAUAUGUUACAGAUCUGUUUUAUUUCAGCUAUCAAUGAAUAUAAAAAACGUAACGGAAAUUAUCCAAGUCGUAUAAUUGUUUAUCGCGAUGGUGUUGGUGAUGGACAAAUUGAGGUAAUUACUAACUAUGAAGUUAAACAAUUGUUGUUAACAUUCACGCGAAUAGAUCCUAAUUACAAACCGCAACUCAGUGUAAUUAUUGUACAAAAGCGAAUUAACACUCGUUUGUUUUAUGAAAAUAAAGGAGAUUUGAGUAAUCCUGCGUCUGGAACAGUUGUCGAUUCUUGUAUAACAAGAAUGAAUUUUUAUGAUUUUUUCCUUGUACCUCAAAGCCAAUGUUUUGGUACAGUUACACCAACGCAUUAUAUUGUUGCUUACGAUGGAUCGAAUAUGAAACCUGAUCACAUGCAACGUUUUACGUACAAACUUUGUCAUUUAUAUUACAAUUGGCCUGGCACCAUAAAAGUUCCUGCUCCGUGUCAAUAUGCUCAUAAACUUGCAUUCCUUGUUGGACAAAGUAUCCAAAUGGAACCAGAUGCAAAGUUAUGCAAUAAACUCUUUUAUUUGUAAUUCAUGGAUAAUCGAUUAAUGUAUUUCACUUUUUCAAUAGAUACAAACAGUAUUAUCUAGAAAUAAUAGAACUCGACAAUGAUUUUAUAUCUAUUUUAUAUAAAAUUAUAAAACAUAUUUUUGAUAAAAUUUACAAAACUA